AUGCCCGGCGCCACCGCGACCAGCUCCACCUCCUCCGCUACCGCCUCCUCCACCGCCGCCACCUCCGCCACCACCUCCGCUCCCACCGCCACCACCGCCGCCUCCGCCUCCACUGCCGCCACCGACACCUCCACCCCCGCCACCACCCCCACCGCCACCCCCACUCCCUCCGCCGCCUCCACCGCCGCCUCCACCGCCCCCGCUAGCUCCUCCAGCGCCCCUGCCCCCUUGCCAGGGCGGCGUCUCCCGCUAGGGGUAGACACCGCACCGACCGACUCAAGCCCAACGAGGUCGGCCGCAGUAGCAGAGGCAACAGAGGGCAGGAGAGGCACCAGAGGUGAGGUCAAAGAGGGAGAGACCGUCUGCCCUAUCGCACUGUAG